AUGGCCGAAGGCAAAGUACGGGUGCUGCACUUGCUGUGCAAGCACGAGAAGUCGCGAAAUCCUGUCUCGAGGCGGACCAAGGAAUCAACAGCAGGUGUGUCUGUGGAAUCUGCACACGGAGAGCUAAAAGCAAUUCUGGGGAGGCUCGAAGGCAAAUCGGGCCAGGAGUUGGUGGAUGCCUUCGCCAAAGAAGCGCAACUUCGCAGCGAUUGCGGUUCCUUUGCUCAGGGUGGUGACUUGGGAUUCUUCGGGCCAAGUGAGAUGCAAAAGGAGUUUGAGGAUGCCUCCUUUGCUCUUGAUGUUGGGCAGAUGAGUGGCAUUGUGGAUUCCCAGAGCGGCAGUCAUAUAAUAUUGCGGAUAGCCUGA